AUGGCCGAGAUCAAGGACUUCAACAGCCUCUUCAGGCUCGAUGGGAAAAUCGCCGUUGUUACUGGAGGCUCCCGCGGCAUCGGCCUGUACUGCGCGACCGCCUUCCUGCAGGCCGGCUGCUCCAAGGUGAUCAUCACGGCGCGCAACGCCGAGAAUCUCGCACAGGCCGUCACCCAGCUCAACGCGCUGCCCAACAUCCAGGGCAAAGCCGUGAGCAUCCCAGCCAACGUGGGCCAUACGGACCAGAUCGAGAAGUUCGUCCGGGACGUGCAGACCGAGAUCGAGCGCGACGAGAGGCCGGGCAGGGGCCUGGAUAUCCUCGUGGCGAACGCGGCGGCGAGCUGGGGCGGGCCGUUUGAGAGCUUCGACGAUUGGAAGAGCAUCAAGACGUUGGAUCUGAAUGUUAGGGGCGUGUUCAAUUUGUGCCGGCUGUAUGUCCUCUCUUUCCCAAAUGGCCCAUCCCAUUACUCUGCUAUUUUGUUGCCCUUAGGGUCUUGCUCCUCCCAUCUUGCCCUCGAUGUUGAUGUGGAUGACGAGUACGGAUCACUGACUUCUUCUUCUCGUUCGAUGCAUCGACACAGGAUGGUCCCGCUCCUCUCCAGCGCGGCGACGCUCGAAGACCCGUCGCGGAUCCUGAUCACGUCGUCGGUCGGUGGGAUCAUCGUGCCGCACGUCGGGGCGCGCGGCGCCAUCAUGUACUCCGUGUCCAAAGCCGCGGCGCACCACCUGGGGCGCAACCUCGCACUCGAGCUGAUCCCCAAGAACAUCACCACGAACAUCAUCGCGCCGGGCUUCUUCCCCAGCCGCCUGGCGAACCCGCAGAUCGACUACCUCGGCGGCGAGGACGUCGUCGGCAAGCAGAACCCCGCCGGCCGCCUGGGCAGGCCCGAGGACAUCGCCGGCCUGGUCGUCUAUCUGUGCAGUCGCGCCGGCAGCUAUGUCAACGGAGAGGACAUCUCUGUCGAUGGCGGCGCGAGGUUGAGGGUUGGCACACAUCCGGGCAGCAUGGAUGACAGGGGAAAAGCGGGGAGUAAACUGUGA